GGUUUUUCUGGUGGGGUGAUGUGCCCCCAUUGUCCCCGGGAGUGAGCAGGGCUGAGGGCCAGCUGGCCCUGCCCUGGGGACCCGGUGGGCAGGCAAUGGGCAGGUGCCGUUCGGGGCAUUUGUCUUUGCAGAUCCCAACCGUGCGGUGCUGCUGGCGCUGGUGGAAGAGUUUUGGGAGGGAGAUGAUGACAGGCUGAUGAAACCAAUCAAACAAUGAAGUAAUCAUAAAUCCCCGGUGCCGGCGGUGAAGGCGGGAGCAGCUGGAGGCUGGAGGAGCUGAGGUCCUAACGAAACCAUCCCGCUCAGCAGCAGAAAUCCCGGGAGGCCGAAGCACUGAAAGGUGGCCAAGGUCCUGUCACCAGGGCUGAUGGACAGAGACAGCACAGCACAGUGUGGAUGAGGGCGGGGAAAAUCCUGCUGGCAGCUCCGGGGGAGCAGUGCAGAGGGCACGGAGGACAGCAGCAGGAAGGAAGAGUGGUGGCUCCCCAGGAGCUGUUGGAGGAGAGAGUUCUGGUGCUGCUUUGUUUGCUCUUCACAAAUUUGCCUGCGAAACCUGAAUCCUGGGACCAGAGGCUGAGGAAUCUUGUCACAGGCUGAUAGUCAGGAUGGGAGAUGGAUCCCACAGCGGGAGACACUACGGAUGGGUGUGAGGGGGCCUGACCCUGCCCCACAGCUGGGACAUCCCCACCGGGAGAGCAGCUCCUGCCAACUGGGAUCCUGCACGUGGCUGGGCAUUCAUUGGCUUUGCUGAAGACGAGCCUGGUGCUGAGAAGGCUGCUCUAGUCUAGGCAAGGAGCUGCGCAACCAUGAGCGCGGGUUCGAUUGAGCAGGAGCCGUCGCGCAAGCUGGCCUGCUGCGGGGUGCCCCUCAUCACCGAGGACAUGCAGUCCCUGGCCAUCCGCACCCUCUCAGGCACCGACAUCAGCAAGCACUACGACCUCAUCCGCGAGCUCGGCAAGGGCACCUACGGCAAGGUGGACCUGGUGUCCCACAAAAGCACAGGCACCAAGAUGGCCCUGAAGUUCGUCAACAAGAGCAAGACGAAGCUGAAGAACUUCCUGCGGGAGUUCAGCAUCACCAACACACUCUCCUCCAGCCCCUUCAUCAUCAAGGUCUUUGACGUAGUCUUCGAAACUGAGGACUGCUACGUCUUUGCUCAGGAGUAUGCCCCUGGUGGGGACCUCUUCGACAUCAUCCCGCCGCAGGUGGGGCUCCCCGAGGAGCUGGUGAAGCGCUGUGUGCAGCAGCUGGGCCUGGCCCUCGACUACAUGCACAGCAAGAGCCUGGUGCACCGGGACAUCAAACCGGAGAACGUCCUGCUCUUCGACCGCGACUGCCGCCGCGUCAAACUGGCCGACUUCGGCAUGACCCGCAAGGUGGGCUGCCGGGUCAAGCGCAUCAGUGGCACCAUCCCCUACACGGCGCCCGAGGUGUGCCAGGCCGGCCGGGCCGAGGGCUUUGCUGUGGACACCAGCAUCGAUGUCUGGGCUUUCGGGGUGCUCAUCUUCUGCGUCCUCACCGGCAACUUCCCCUGGGAGGCGGCGGUGGCGUCCGAUGCCUUCUUCGAGGAGUUCGUGCGGUGGCAGAAGGGGCGGCUGGGGGGGCUGCCCUCGCAGUGGCGGCGCUUCACGGACAGUGCCCUGCGCAUGUUCCAGCGCCUGCUGGCCCUCGACCCCGAGAAGCGCUGCCCCGUCAAGGAGGUUUUCUACUUCAUCAAGUGCGACCUGAUGGCCGAGGUGCGGUGCCGGCCCUCCUACCGCUCCCGCAAACACACCAGGGACAAGCUCCCGGCCGGCUCCCACUGCCACGAGGCCGCCGGCUCCUGCACCCCCGCCCCGCUCAAGAGGACCGUCCUGACAGAAGGGAGCGGAGCGCGCGGCCCCGAGUCCAGCGCGGCCGCCCCGGGGACGGCCAGCAGGACAGAUGGACGGCAGGACAAAGGCAAAGGACAGAUGGUCCUGGCCACAGCAAUAGAGAUCUGCGUCUGACGGCGCCGCGGCAGCGGCCGCACGACCCGUCCUGUCCCCCCGCCCCGGCAACAGGGAUGGGAGGAGUUGCUCGUGGUGGAGGCACGAGCCGGGACCAGGCUCUGGGUCUCCCAAAGCAAAAAAAAAGGAAAAGAAACACAAACGAAGAGGAAAAGGACAGAACUGGUUGCGCUCCGUAGCGCCGAGGAUGCCAAUGCCCCCACCCUGCCUGGGUGAGGCCGGCAGCGGGAGCCCAGCCAAGGGCACCGCGCGCUGCCAGGGAGGACAGGGGUGCCCACGGUCCUGCCAUGGCCAUGCUGCCCCUCCGAGGCUUCCCACAGGGUGGCAUGGGGAGAGGUCUCCCAGUACAGGGAGGAAGAGUCGGGAGGGUAGUGGAUGGGAGGUCCGAGGCAGGCAGUGCCCACUGGCUCUCCCCCACCCUGUGCUUGAUCCCUGGACUGGGAGCGGGAAGGCCGAUGACCCCAUACCAUGGAGGAGGCCUUUGGGGAGGUUUGGGUGGGUGAUGAUUUGUCCCCUUCUACCAAUCCCUGCCCCACUGGUGGGGACCAGGAAGGGAUGAGGAGAUGGGCACCGGGCUGGUGAUGGGGAGCUGGGGGGUUUCAGGCAGCCCAGGACCCCUGGCAACCCCGGCUGCCUCCCCGUGGUGGGAGGUGCUGGCAGCCAUCGAUGUAGCAAGUGUCCCUGUCUGUGUGUCAUUGUGUGUCCCACCACUGCCACUGGCAGCCCCUGUCGCCCCUGCCCUGCCCCACAUGGCCCCAGACCCCACUGGAGGGACAGGUCCCUCCAGCCGGGAGCUGUGCUCUGGGCUGUGGCCCGUGGCCACAGUGCCAUCCAGCAGGUUGGAUGCUCAGGGCCAAGCUGGCUCUGCCAUAGUGGCAUCUCUGCAGACUCUCUGUCCCUGGGGACUGGAAGAGGUGGCAGCAGUGCAGCCCCAGGCUGGCCUGCACACCCCGGGAGCAGGGGAGGGGGCUCCGAGCGGCCUCCAGAGAGCCAGCCUGGUUCCCUGUGCUCAUUCCAUCACCCCUCCUCGCUGUCACCCCUUCCCCAAACUCUGUCACUCUCCCCUGGGGCUGGCGGGGAGGAGGCGGUGGGAUGGACCCCCGGGGCUGGCUGCAGCAAGGCAGGGGGUGGUGGCAGGAGCCGCUGGUGGUCCCUUAGUGACAAGGUCACGGGGGAGUGUGUGUGGGACACAAUUCCCCUCGUGGUUUUGGGCACCCAGCAGAGUGGGGGGCUCACCCGGAGAGGGUGGGGGGCACCCCAAGGCGGCAGCACUCUGGUAUGGUUUGGGCUUCCCUCCCAUCGGGUGGGUGCCGGGGGGACCCCCUGUGCCCCCCGGCGCCGCAAUUCCCGCACCAAGGGCUAUCCCGCUAUCCAGCAGCAGCAGCAGCAGCAGUUUACAGAGCAGGCGGGCGGACCCCCCGCCCCCGCUGCUGCCCCCCGGCCCCUCUGCCCCCCGCCCGCGGUGCCGGGCCCCGGGCGGCCUUAGAAGUAGCAUUGCCCCUAAGUAGAGACGCUCUAGGCACCGGUUUUUCUCCUUUUUGCCUUAGGUCCCUCGAUGUCCUCAAUCUUUCGUGCAAUAAUGUAGAUAAGGGAUCCCGGGAGGGCUCGGCGGUGCCUCUCUGGGAGGGCUCGGCGGCACCUCCCGGGGGUCUGUCCCGGGGGGGUGCCCCGUGUGAUUUCUGUCCCCAUCGAGGUCGCUGUGUCGGUAGGUUGUCGGGUUUUUAUUUCCAGUUCCCUCAGCUGUCGGGUUUCAGACCUUCUUCCCGUAGGAGAGGCUGUAGUGUCACAGACGUUACCUCAGUUUGUCACUGUUGAAAAGGAUUAAAAAAAAAAAAACAAA